ACGGCGGCGCCCUGACCUCCUGGAGGGGUGUUUGACCCCCCCCCAACAUCGGACCAAAGAACACCCUCAGUCUGGCCUUCAGCAGCCCCUCCAGGACCAGACUCUGGGCCCAGUUCCUGCCCGUCAGUCAGAUGGAGAGGGACAGAAGGCAGGCUGACCCCGCCUGCUUCACUGUGAUUGGAGGACUCCACCCCCUAACAUUCAAAAUGAAAACCAACACAGGUCUGUGACUGGUGGAGCUGGUUGGACCUCAGCCUGAGAGACGCAGCUCAGGGUGAGAAAAACCCUGCAAGCUCUCAUGGGGAUGAAGAGGAUUAGAGCAGAUUACACAAGAGCAGAGAAGAAGAAGAGGGCGCAGAAGAGACCGGUAUAAGAACCAGUACAGGGACCAGUACAGGAACCCACAAAAUCCAGGACCAGCUGGACCCAACUGGACCCAACUGGACAAAACUGGACCCAACUGGACCAAAUUGGACCCAACUGGACCAGACUGGACCAACUGGACUCUGAGUAGAAUCUAACUGGACUGAGCUGAGAGGUUAAGGGUAGGCUGAGCUGGUCCAUUCUGGUCCAUACUGGUCCUUAGUGGUCUGAGCUGGUCUUUGGAACAGGAAGUGGUCUGGAUGGACGGGUUUCAGGCGUAUGGGGCGGGGAAGGCGGGCGGAGCCUUCGACCCGCUGACCUUCAUCAGACAGCCUCAGACCGUGGUCAGGAUCCUCUGCUGGCUCUUCUCCAUGGUGAUCCUGGGCUGCGUUGCUAACGAGGGUUACGUUAACCGUCCCGACAGCAUGGAGGAGUUCUGCAUCUUCAACCGCAACCACAACGCCUGCAACUACGCUGUCGCCAUGGGGACGGUGUGUUUCCUCUGUAGCACCGGGUUCCUGGUGCUGGACGUUUACUUCCCGCAGAUCACCGGCGUGAAGGACAGGAAGAAGGCCGUCAUGGCCGACAUCGGGCUGUCAGCGCUCUGGACCCUGGUCUGGUUCGUGGGCUUCUGUUUUCUGGCCAAUCAGUGGCAGGUUUCUAAAGAAGAAGACAACCCUCUGAAUGAAGGAUCCGACGCUGCCCGAGCCGCCAUCGUCUUCUGCUUCUUCUCUGUCUUCACCUGGGGAGGCCUCACCCUGCUGGCGUCGGAGCGUCUGAAGAGAGUCUCGUUUGAAGAAGAAUACAACAAACUGUUCAGUCCGCCGACUUGACCUUUCUCCUUCAGCUAAUCAGAGACGAUUGUUCCCGUUCUCCCUUUUGCCUCGUCAGCUCAUUCUGGACUCUGGUUGGCUGCUCUAAGUGCCUGUCAUCCAAAGUGCCUUUCUGUUGCCAUGGCAACAGUUUUGUUGUUGUUUUCUUCAUCAGGUGUGUCGGAGCUGAUUUAUUCACUUCAUGUUUGUUGUCGUUUAUUAUUGUUAUUAUUAUUAUUUCAGUGAUAUCAUCAUAUAUUCUGAUUAUGGCGAUGAUGUAAUGAUCUGUGAUGAAAUGUGAGAUGAAGAUUAAAGACAAUAAACUCUGA